CCUGUAAUAAAAAGAGGGGGAAAGCAAUGGCGCCGAUCGUGGCCAUGUGUUCACCGGCGUUGCGUUUCAUUUUUCGGCACGGUGCCCACGCUCUUGCCAAACCACGAACGUCGCCUUUGACGACAUCAUCCGCUAGGUUGGGGUUUGCGUCCCCCCCUCCACCUGCCAACGAGGAGCCAGUGGCCGAGCCCAAGCAGGAGAAGGUGGUGGUGGACGAGGCUCUUGCAACCUGCCAGGAAGAAAAUCGCAAGCUCCUAGAGACGGUCAAAACGAUAGACGACAAAUACAAGCGCUCCCUGGCCGAAAACGAGAACCUGCGAGCGCGGAUGCUGAAGCAAGUGGAAGAAGCGCGGGUGUUUGGCAUCCAGAAGUUCUGCAAGGACAUGCUGGACGUGGCUGACGUCCUCGGUGCAGCGCUGGAGAGUGUGCCGCGCGAGGCGGUUACACCCGACAAUCCCCACUUAGAGGGCCUCUACAAGGGGCUGGAAAUGACGCAGGCCCAGCUGCAGUCCAUCUUCCGCCGUCACGGACUCGUGCAGGUGAAUCCUCUGGGAGAGAAAUUCGACCCCAACGAGCACCAGGCCGUCUUUGUGCACAAAGACGGGAGCAAACCGGCGGGCACUGUGGCCGUCGUAUCUAAAAUUGGCUACAAACUCAAGGACCGCACGAUUCGACCGGCCAUGGUAGGCGUUGUAGAGGCACCUUAAUGUAGUAGCGCAAAAAUUUGGGCUGCGGCGCAGAAGACACAAGCAGCUGUACGUGGGUAAGGAAUGUGUGUUGGACUGUGGCUUAAAAGCUUCCAGACAGCAGCUCAGAUGUGACAUGCUCUCUGGAUGGGACCAAACAGGCAAAAGUGACGCGUGAGGAUAUUAUAGGAAUAUAGUAGUUACCCGGUAUGAUGAAAAGCUUUGAAAAGUUAAUACACGCGAUGGUGUAUCCCUCUGCUGGAAGAGUUGCGUUUCACUUAGCAGACGACAAAAUUUUGUCUGCGUACUGCAGUGGUUGGAGAACGAGUGUCACUUUGUUGCACCUUUAACUGGACCUCUAACAGGAAGGUGAACACAAAGGAUGCUUUAUGGACAGCAGACUGGAAUAUCUCUUGGAUGAAAUACUGUUCUGAUACGAAUGUUAUGAAUCAAUUGUAACGCAUGCCUGGACUAAAAACUGUUUUAACAGCUGAUAA